AUGGCUGGACUGUUUGUUAUGGCUGAACUGUUUGUUAUGGCUGGACUGGUUAUUGAUACUGUUGGAAUAGUUGUUCUAAUCGAUGUCACUAUGGAUUGUGCUGGAGUUCCUGAUGGUGUCUCUGAUUGUGAUGAAUCCACUGAUGGUGUUAUCACUGCUGAUGAUAGUGGUUGUGAUGGUGUCACUGAUCGUGAUGGCCCUGCUGGUGGUGGUGCUGGUGUUGAUGUUACUGCUGGUGAUGGUGCUGCUGUUGUUGCUGGUGUUGAUGUUACUGCUGGUGGUGGUGCUACUGUUUUUGAUUGUGAUGUCACUGCUGGUGCCACUGAUGUUACUGCUGGUGGUGGUGAUUGUAAUGUCAUUGCUGGUGGUGAUGUCACUUCCGUUGAUUCUUUCUUACAAAAGUUGUCGAUGGUGCAAAUUUCUCCCACCCUACAGCAAAAACCGUUUCCGCAAUAUACACCACAGUUAUAA